AUGAUCUCUGACGACGACCGCCUGCGCCGCCUCAUCGGCCGCCUGUUCAUAGUCGGCUUCCACAGCCAGACGGCGGAUGAGAACGUCAAGCGCCUGAUCCGCGCUCCCUACUACGUCGGCCAGAUAGUGCUGUUCCAGCGCAACGUCCGCGACGCCGAACAGCUCAGCGCUCUCACUUGCGAGCUGCAGCAGAUCGCAAAAGACGCCGGCCACGACCGUCCGCUCACCAUUGCCAUCGACCAGGAAAAUGGCCUCGUCACCCGCAUCGCUCCUCCCAUCACCCCCCAGCUGCCCGGUCCCAUGACCCUGGCCGCUGCCCGCUCCAUCGACGACGCCUACAAUGUCGGCUGCGCCACCGCCAGAGCCCUGCGCGCCUUUGGCAUCAACAUGAACUACGCCCCCGUCUGCGACGUCAACAACAACCCCGAGAACCCCGUCAUUGGCGUCCGCUCUUUCAGCGACGACCCCUACUGCGUUGCCCGCUUGGCUGCCGCCAACCUGAACGGCCUCCGCGACGAGGGCGUCAUUCCAUGCGUCAAGCAUUUCCCCGGCCACGGCGACACCGCUGUCGAUUCCCACUACGGCCUUCCCCUCCUCCAAAAAAGCUGGAACGACCUGGAGAAGUGCGAGCUGGUUCCCUUUCGCCGUGCCGUCAUCGAGAAGGUCCCCGCCGUCAUGACGGCCCACAUGGUCAUUGGAGACUCGAAACUACCCGCAACACUCGAUCCUGCUGUUCUGAGCACUCUGCGGAAAGACCUCAACUUUGCCGGCGUCAUCGUGUCUGACUGCCUUGAAAUGAAGGCCAUCCGCACCGAAUGCGGCGGCACCGUUCAAGGCGCCGUCACCGCUCUCAAGGCUGGUUGCGAUUCCGUCAUGAUCUGCCACACCCUUGACCUGCAGACCGGCGCUCUGCACGCUGUCUUCGAUGCCGCCAAGCGGGAUCCCGACUUUUCCCGACAGCUCGAGGAGUCCCAUGGCAGAGUCAGCUCUUUUAGUGACGACAAAUACACCCUCGUCCAAGACGGCCCGAGUCGGGCAGCUCUUGAACAGCUCCCCACCAUUAACAGACAGAAUACCGAGCUUGCAUCAAAGGUAUACGCCUCAAGCACAACCGUAGUGCGCAUGCAACCCGGAAUACUUCCUCUGACCAACCAUAACCGCCUCGUCUUCGUCUCGCCCGGAGAAAAGCCCAUCACCAGUGGCGUUGUUGAGUAUGGCCAAGUCGCACCCCGUGGCCCGCACACGCCCCCGGAGUUCAUCGACGUUCUGAAAACCCACAACUCGACAAUUGAAAGUCUUCGCUUCUACGAGGAUGGCUCGAAUGCGGAAGAGGUCCUGAAGGCUGCGAGGGCUGCAGACGCUGUGAUCCUGGCCACCAGGAAUGCCCGCCUUGCACCUUAUCAAAAUGACAUGGCUCUCAAGCUAGCUGAAGCUGUCGACAAGCUGAUUGUGGUCGCUACAUGUGAUCCAUACGACUUCCUCUCCACCGAGACGAUCAAAAACUAUUUGACAAUCUACGAGCCGACCUCAGCCGCUUUUACCGCCGCCGCCCAUGUCCUGUUCGGCAUCACCACUGGUCAAGGCCACCUCCCCGUCGAGCGAAAUGCCCAGCACGAAUACACGCCCGAGCCCUUCUCUCCAAAGCGCGACAUGGACCAGGUCUGCGCCCUAUGGCACGAAGUUCUCCCAAGCUACCAAGUCUCCAAGCCGCGCCUAGCAGACCUUCUCACGCGACCACGCAGCGCCCACUUUGUCGUCCGCCGCUACGACGCCGUUGUCGGCUUCAUCGCAACCCACAUCCAACCACCUCCGAAAUCUGCUCCCCCCUCCACCCCACCCAAGGGUCUCAUCACCGCCCUCGUCGUCCACCCCUUCCAGCAAAAACUCGGCAUCGGCACCGCCCUCCUCGCGCACGCCCGCCAGCACCUCUGCUCCGCGCCGCACGAGUGCACGGCCGUGUCCAUCGGCUCCACCUUCCCCCGCUUCUUCCCCGGCCUCCCCCGCGACAUCGCGCCCUCGAACCAGACCUUCUUCUUCCACCGCGGCUUCGCCCCCGCCCGCGACUCGCCCUCGGCCCGCGGCACGCGCGCCCGCGACCUCUGCAUCGACCUCGUCGCCCACGUCCCGGACCCCGACGCCACGGCCCGCGUCGCGCGCGCCAGCGCCAAGGGCAUCGUCUUCCGCCCGUGGACGCGUGAGGGGGAAGCCGAGUGUUUGGAGAAGCAGCGAAUGAAUUUUGGGGGCUACGCCGGGUGGGUUGAGGGGUACGAGCAGUUGGCCAAGGCUGGCUUGCACGGGCAGGUCAUGGUCGCGCACGAUGGCAGGCGGAAGAUCAACAGGAAGGGAUCAGAUUCUUCUGGCGGCGGUGUUGGGGAGCAGAUCGCCUGGACCAUGAUGCUGAAGCCCGGCACGCCGGUCUUCCUACCCGAUCUCGCUUUCCCCGAGCUGUUGGGAGCGGAGCGCACGGGGUUGAUUGCGUGCGUGGGCGUGGAUGCGGCGAGGAGGGAGGGCGGGGUGGGGCUCGCGCUCGUCGCGGCCGCGUUGGAGGAGAUGCGGGAGAGGGGCGUGGAGAGGUGUUUUGUUGAUUGGGUCACGCUGGAGGGCUGGUAUGAGAAGGUUGGAUUGAGGACGUGGAGGGAGUAUUUGAGUGUGGAGUGGAAGAGGGCUGGUGGCUCGCCUUCUGCAAGUGAGUGA